AUGGUGUCAAGAAUGUACUACUCGGAGGAGCAGGGGGAGGUGGAAAACAGACGCAAUAUUACUGAGCUGGAAGACAUGGCGUUUCUAGUGGCACAAGAAUUGAUAGAAAGGUUUACAAAAGAUACCUCAGUGUUCAAGGAUGAGUUAGAUAUCAUGAAGUUUAUUUGUAAAGCUUUCUGGACUACAGUAUUCAAGAAACAAAUAGACAAUCUAAAGACAAAACAUCAGGACAUCUAUGUGCUUCAGGACAACAAAUUUCGUCUGCUUACUCAGCUGUCUGCAGGAAAAGAGUACUUAGAAUAUGCACGUAAGUAUUUAACAUUUACACAUGGCUUAAUCAGAGGUGGCUUAUCAAACCUAGGGAUAAAAAGUAUUUUAACAGUUGAAGUGUCUUCAAUUAAUGCCCGAUAG